AGUGGAAAUACAUAAGCAGAAAAUGGGGUGAUUUGGCUUAGAAGUCGGUCUACUCUCGUGGUCCUUAAGGUCAACAGCAUUGUGAACUUAAACCAAUAUUAUGGCCAAACACUUGGUUGCCUCAGUGAGGAUGCUCAACCCUCCCCAGAAGUGGAACUUACUGCAAGCCGGUCACCCAAACAACACGUCGAGGUCCACAAAACAAGCAUUUUGUAAUUGCCAUCUCAGUCCCUGAACUUUUGAGAAUUCAACUGAAAUUGAAAACUUAUGGUUGAUUUGAAGAGGGAAGUCCACAAUCAAAAACAUUGCAAUGAUCUGGAAAGAUGUGUUUUUAAGUCCAUGAGCAAGGAACCAGACUCUCAAAGGAUCAGGGGAGAUUCUGCAUGGAUGAAUUGUCUCAGGUCCCUUGCUAUGGGGCUUAAGCAUGUUUCAGGCAUGGCAAGGGAUAACAAGGGCACUCACCAAAUCUAUCAGGCUGUAUCCAGUGCAAAGACUAAUGUGUGCCAAGGUCACCAGUACCAGACUGUGUUCAGGCUACCAGCAGGCCAAUGUGGUGAUACUCCAUAAGAGCCUGGCUGAUGACUUUGAGGCGUUCUGCCAUGCCAACCCCAGCCCCCUGCCCCUGCUGUACAGGAGUCAGCCUGGGGAGUGGGGCUGUCCACCCCUCGCUGCAGAAGCAGACAUCAGAGUGGACUGUCCUCAGUACUGUGUGUUUGAGGAUGGCCUGCUGGUAUCCAGAGUUUCCAGCCUGAUGCCCUACACCAGUCAGCUUCUGGACAUGGUCAGCUUCUACCUGGGCUGUAGCUUCAGCUUUGAGCGGACGCUGCGAGAUGCUGGCGUCCCCGUGAGAAACGUGGAGCAAAACUGUAACGUCAGCAUGUUCAGGGUGAGACAGGGCAACGGGGGUUUCUGGCAGACUUCGAUUCGGUGUCGUGGACCGGGUCAGUUCCAGUGCCCGAUGGUGGUGACUAUGAGACCGGUACCCAAGGAACAGCUGGACAUUGUGGCCCAGGUCACUCACUUGACCCCUCUGGCUCAUGGGGGACCCAUUCACAUUGGGGACCCAGCUGUGCUUGGGAUCCUGAAUGCUUCAAAACCAGAAUACGGGGAUCCAGUAACCCCUGGCCCAGGGGAUGUACCUGUGUUCUGGGCCUGUGGGGUCACUGGGGUGGAGGCGAUCCGGAGCUGCAAGCCACCCCUGGCAUUCAGUCACUCUCCAGGCUGCAUGUUUCUCACUGACCAAGAGGACACGUUCGUCUCCGCCCCCACCCCCGAGCCUGAACAGUGCCCCUUGACCUUCUCCAUUUCCCAGCAGCCUUUGCACUACAGCGUGACGUCCAAAGCUGCAGUCCAGAGGAUAAGAGACCUGGAGGAGAUCAUUGGAGAGGACCCGGGGCAAAGAGGUAUACGCGCGCUGUUUAUCCAGGAUGAGUUGCUGAGGUCCUGCUUGUCCCUGUCCCACUCCUCCUCUGUCCUCAUAACUACUGGGUUCCCCACCCACUACAUGCACGACCCCCCCGAAGAGACUGACGGGCCCCCUGGAGCCAUCGCCAUGGCAGCCACCCUCCAGGCUCUAGGGAAGGAGGUUGUCAUAGUGACAGACCACCGUGCCCUGGAGAUGAAUUGUAGGAUCAUGGAGGACGCAGUGAAGAAAGGUGUGAUAAAAACAGCAGUACCACUGCUCAGUUACCAAGGCAACAGCCCAGAUUCAGCACUGAACUUCCUAUGUCACGACGGAGACCCUAACAAGCCCAGGUUUGACCACUUGGUGGCGAUAGAGCGCAGCGGGAGAGCGGCUGACGGGAACUACUACAACAUGAGGGGAGUGAACAUUAAGCAUUUGGUGGACCCUAUAGAUGACCUGUUCACCACAGCCAGCCACAUAUCAGGCGUUAACACCACAGGGAUAGGAGACGGAGGGAAUGAGCUGGGCAUGGGCAAGGUGAAGGAGGCGGUGAGGGAAUACAUGCCCAAUGGGAGCUUGAUAGCCUGCGAUGUGGCCGCUGACUUUGCCAUCACUGCAGGGGUGUCUAACUGGGGAGGCUACGGAGUGGCCUGUGCUUUGUACAUCCUCAGUCUCUGUUCAGUUCACCAGCGUUACCUCCACAAAGGCCUUGGUCAGCCUUACCCCCCUGCCCAGGACCUUAAACAGGCCUGGGCUGCCAGUCUUCCCUCUGUAGCCAAGGAGGAGGAGAUGCUGUCCAUCCUGGUGCAGCACGGCGUACGCAGCGGCAAGACCGCAACCCUGGGUAUGGAGGUGGACGGUCUAACCUUUCACCCCACACACUCUGACGUCAUUACAAGACUCCGGGACAGCGCCUUACAGAGGAAGUGAAUGUUCCACCGCGGCAAAUGACGCUCCAGCGUGCACUGGCAAAUAUAGAGUAAGGGAUAGACCACAGAAGAAUACUGGUUCUAGAUUUGAGAUGGUGGUUAUCAACCGCUUAACCUUCCUGGGCUGAGAGGAGUAGUUGCAUUUCCUCUUGCUAUCACCAGUUCAUUUCUAUCAUGUGUUCUAAUCUGUUCAUGAAAUCAUUGUACAGACCUCUGCGGGUUCUUGGUAAUUUUAAGACAACUUUUUGAGGCUAAUCUAGCUUUUCCUUGUAGUGUAGCCUUUGUAGUAACAUUGGUGAUGUCUUCUGGAGAUAGUGGCUGACACAACCCCACCUGAAGAUCAAGACCAGAUAGAGUAUGUACACAAUCUUGAAUAAAAGAGAAAUGAACUUGUUCAAUGAAAAGCUUAAAAUGAGGCCAGACUUUCAUUAGUUAUUGUUAGUAACCCUAAGCCACAAGUGUGGCAGAAAUAGGAGGGGAUGUGUAAUUGCAAAACCAGGCACUUAAUGUGAUAUGUCAUUUCAAAAUUCAAAAUCAUAAAAAAACCCAAAUGCCGUUACUGGCACCAAUCGCACAAUAGGCACAGACUCACACAGAGAUCACAAAGUGCUCUCAGUGACAGUUAACUGCCCACAGUUCUGCCAAAGAUACUUCCUUUUGGUUUCUAUAAAUUAGAAAGGGGGGGUUUGUGUGUGAGUUUCACUUGAGAAACCCUGCGUUAGUAAGCUGAACAAAGUACGACUGUACUUGUGUGCUGAAACCCUCUUCAGUAGUUAGAGAUCAGUUUCAAAACCUUCAUUGCCUUGUUAUUAAUGAAUGGAACUCAUCACAGCAAGCCCGCACGGAACUUCUGUACUGAAAUAAUUAUUUAUGUUCAUAAUAUAAUAGAAUUUAUACCGUUUUAUGAAUUAAGUGCUGUUAUCUAUUAUGAAUCAGAUUUCUACUGUGAUUCCUGUACCACAGUCUGCCAGUGCCAGGACCUCCUUCCUUCACCUUCCUCUUUCAUCCUCCCAGCCAAGUAUGCCGAGGUCACACACACACACUGAAAUAAACACUGAAUGGUUUCUGGCAACCUGGUAAAGGCAUGACAUACUGUAUUCUCCAGUUGAAGGAUUCCUUGCAGGUUUGCUCUUACUCUUGGUUCUAAGCCUUUUCCCUCCCUUAUGAUAUACAGUGCUGUGUAAAAAGUAUUCUUUUUUUGUUCAUUUAUUUAUUUUUUGACACCGAAUGUCGAGGCCUAAUAUUGAAUAAAAUGGAACCUUAGUGAACAAA